CAUCUUUCGGCAGUCUCCAACCACUCUGCACCGGGCCUAUCACAACCGUCUUCAUUGUGAUACCGUGCUGCAUAUCGGAUCACGAAACUUACUUUACUGGCCGACUCCAGAGAGAGCUUUUUAUUUAAGGACGCCGUGCAUAUGCCUGCUGGCUGCACUAUCAUCUGGCAGCGAUGCCCAGAAUUGGCUGGACCACACUGAAGCUAUUGUCUGCCAUUAUGGAAUUUAUCAGUGCGAAGUCGGGUCGUGCUUGUGCGUUAUUCUUAUUAUCAUCAUCUUCGAAUUAAUUAGUUUUUGAAGAGUAAUCGUGAUAUAAUGCUGGUAUUGUAGCCAUGCCUAAAAAGCAAACGCAAUAUAAAUAUAAAUGUUAAGAGAUUUUGUGUGAAGGGACUGUUAGACAUGAUAAGUGGGCAGACCAUUGCAAGAAGAAGCAUUUUUAUAAAGUUAAGCACAAUUUAGAAAUUAGGAAAAAAAUAAUUGAGGUGAAGUGCAGUGAUAGUUCUGCGUGGAAACCUUAUGUUGAGGGAACAUCGACAUCUACUGCUAUUUAUGAACCAGAACGAGAAAGGUAAGUGUAAAAUAUAAUAAGCAAUACAAAUGUACAUAUCAGUAUCAGACACUUAAUACGGGGCCAGUCUACAUGCCAGAAAAUCGCGCUGCAGCGUGUUAGAACACGUUUUUAUACAGAAACUAUUUUCCGGGAUGUAUGUGGCACUAAUAUAAGGGCAUGCGCUGGACCUUUCUACAAACUAUGCAGAAAUAAAUGGGGCAUGCGCUGGACCUUUCUACAAACUAUGCAGAAAUAAAAUUAUUAGGUCACCGCAUUGUAUGCGACGGACGUAGCAUCGGAACAACAAAAAAGGGGGUGGGGUGAGGGAUGGAGAGAGAGAUAAUUGAACGCGGUAUCAAUUAUCUUUCUUUCCGCCAUAAGAGCAGAAGUAUCGGAGGUUUGGAAACACCCUAUUACGGUUGUGACAAUUCUUGGAAGGGGGAAAAUGAAUGACACUCCCGCCGAGGGAACGCGGCUGCAGCCUAUAGUUCCAGCACCGACCAUCGUCGCCCGCGAAGGCUGCUGAGAUAGCGAGUGAAAGUUCGGGAUGCGCUCCCAGGUAGGCGGGUGCCUUAAGUACUUUCAAGACAACACGCAUAUUAAAAACACCUUUUUUGGGCCACGAGGCGGGCCCCUUCAGGGAAUUUGCUAGUGUGUGUGUAAAUUCAUUAUGCAAUUAUUACAUGUUUUUUAGGCCAUUAAAAUAGGCAUUUAAAAAUAUUCCCAAUUUUGCAAAGUAUAUAUAUGUUUUUUUAGGAACGAUGUCACACAAAAUGGAGAGGAAUAUUCAGAUAUUCUGCAGGGCCAGUCAACAACUUAUCCUGAUACUUCUGGUUCACCCUCCAUCAUUUUUGGUAACACCUGCUCUGCUGAGAAUCCUCCUGCAACUGAUGGUAUUCUGUUGAUGUCAUCCACCACUGACAUGUCAAGUGUUCCUGGGCCUUCGCAUGGAUUUAAUGCAGGUGAGAAAUUUCAAGAUCAAAUACCUUUCAGCUUGCCCUCUAGCAUUCAGCCUGAGUUAACCACAGAAAUAAUAAUGCCGGACACUGAAGUGGCAUCUGCUGAAAUGAUUUCCGACGAGAAUAACGGUGAUCCUUGUAGACUGAGUGAAAUCAAACUGACAGCCAGAGACAUAGAGUUUGGCUUGAAAUUGGAAAAUAAUGAGUUUUAUUCUGAAUACGAUUUUCCAUCAGUCAAUAACAGAAAAUUCUCAAUGAAGUGGCGGAAGUACAAACUUCCUGAUGGCACGAUAAAAGAUAGAAAUUGGUUGGUUUACAGUAAACGGAAUGAUUUUGCGUAUUGUUUGCAUUGCCUUCUGUUUGCACUACCCAACCAUCAUUCUAAUUGGUCAUCUGGUAACGGCUGUCAAGGAUGGCGCACAGGUAAUGCACAAAGAGAUAUUGAGGUUCAUGAAACUUAUAAAAACCACUUAGGUUGCCAAAUUGCGAGGGUCCAAUGGAUUGCAGGAAAACAUGUUACCAGUACAUUUUGUGAAAAAGAAAAUGAGAACAUUCGACACCAAAGAGAAGUUCUCUCCGUCGUCAUUGAUUGUUGCCGGUACUUUGUUGAGGAAAUGCUAGCAUUCAGAAAAAACACUGCAGUUGAAAGAAAGCUGCCGAAGUUGUUUAAACUUCUAGCUAAACACAACCCUGAUGCCAGAAUGUAUCUCGAAAAAAUUGAAAAUGCAUUAUGAACAAACAAAAUCCGGGAUCAAAUUUUCUAUGCUACAGAAAUGUAUCAGACUUGAUUUCCAUUAUGACUGGCAUGGUAAUCCAAAGGAUAGUUGACAGUAUAAAGGAAAGUAACAAGUUUUCUGUCAUUUUGGAUUCAACACAAGAUGUCGCUAAGAAAGAAGCAACUACGGUCCUUCUGAGAUAUGUAGAAAAUUCAGGAGUAUCUGCAAAACCAUGCGAGCGACUUAUAAAGGUAUUCACAUCUGCUGAUGUCACUGGAGCAAAUCUGAAGUCAAAGUUGGUAGACACUUUGAAGGAAGGACUCAACCCCUUAAAUAUGAUUGGUCAAAGUAUGGAUGGUGCUGGCAAUAUGAGGGGCAAUUUCUCAGGACUUAAAACUUUAAUUCAAAAUGAGUAUGACACUGACUUCUCAUUCCAUGUUUGUCGUACUUCGCACAGAUUCGCCCUCGUUCUUGAGAAAUCAAUUAAUUUUUGUCCCCAGAUUCGAGAAUUGUUUUCAGUGCUGGAAGAAUUAUAUCGCUUGUUUAACUCUGGGCAUAAAAGGCAUGAUGUUUUUGUUGAGAAAAUGGAUUUGAGAACAAAGUUGAGCGACAAGAGGAAGCGACUGAAGAGGGUGCAAACAAGAUGGUCAAACAAAGCCGAAGCAAUAAAAGUUAUAAUAUUGUGCUUCGAGGAGAUUACGUCAGCUUUAGAGGAUUUUCAGGACAGCAAAAUAUUUGACAUAGAAACCGUGACUCUUGCGAAAGGGCUAUUGAGCAAGCUAAACUCUUUUAAUGUAAUCACUGCUCUUCAUGUCGCCCAGUCUGUAUUCACUGUAAUGAAUCCUGAGACAGUUAGUCUUCAAGGUGUAGUUAUAGAUUAUGGGACUGUUCAAACAAUCAUUAACAGUGUUAAGACUAAAAUCAAGAACCUCCGAAGUUGUCGAAGGUUGGUCUAAAGUGUUAAAAAAAUCGGAAGAUUUCGCGAAAAAACAUGACAUUCAUCCACUUGUAACAGUACCUGGAAGAAUAAGGUUUAGGAAGAGGGCAAUGGACGAGAUUGGAGUUGACGAGCCCAUAAUAGACCUAAAUCAUAGACUUAAAUUGAAAUGUAUUUUAAGCUCUUAGAUUCUCUGCAUCGUCAGCUCGAGGAUAGAUUUUCCGAUCAUUCCUUAAAAUUGGUUAUGCAAAUGAGCCACUUUUAUCACACAGGAGUUCUUAAUGCAGAGAAAGAAAAUGUUAAAUCUGAAGACAUCAAAGAGUUGUGUGAUUUCUACAAGUGGGAUUGUGACUCGGUGGCUGAAGAACUGAACAGCUUCAGUGAUCUAUACCUUGCCACACAUCCAAAUAUCUCACAAUCCGAUGUGGUAAAAGAAAGCCCAAGAACAUGAAAAAAGGAAGAUGAAGAGACUAAAGUGGCUAAUGAAAACCAAGAUGUGUAUGCAGAUACUGUAUAAAGCCACAAAUGCAAGUACAUCCUAUGUGUGUUAUGUUUGUGUUCGACAUGCACUGGAUCUCAGUUUAGGAAGUUGUAGAUGCUUGUGAACUGGUGCAAUAACAAUGGCAGUUAUAACUGCCAGUGUUAAAUAAAGUGUCCCAGUUGCUUUCAGACUAACUUGUUAGUAAAUAUAAGGCUCUAACGAAGUAUAACAGCCUUUGUGUAUUAAACUUUAUGGCAUGAAAGGGCAAGGCAUUAGAAAUUACCCAGUUAAAUAAAUAAUUUUUAAAAAAACUAAGGCCACGGUGACCUAACCAGAAAUCACCCUUAGUUGUAAGAUACAGAAUGUCUUACAGUAAUUGCCAGAUUACAUUAUCUUUAACAAUUCAUACUGUAAGCUGUACUUUUUUGUUUUAAUUUUAACCUUAACAAUGCAUUGUCACAGUCUGGUUUUUUACUUAUUUCAAAUAAAAUUGUCAACCAUAUAAUAUGCAUGCAUAGUUGGCUUGUUUAAUAAGAAAUGUAGAACUUUUCAAACAAUCACUACAUAGUAUAAAACAAAGUCGCUUCCCGCUGUCAGUCUGUCCCUAUGUAUGCUUAGAUCUUUAAAACUAUGCAACGGAUUUUGAUGCAGUUUUUUUUAAUAGAUAGAGUGAUUCAAGAGGAAGGUUUAUAUGUAUAAUACAUGCAUACUAUAGUAGAGAAACACUGAUAAUUUUAGAGGUUUCUAAUGUGAUGUCGUAAAUAAACACAUUUUUUUGCGCUUACAUUGCAAACGCUGACUGAACCAUACGAGAUAGAUCAUGUUGUGAUAAUUGUUGAUUAUCUUUUGUUUUCAGUCGAAUAAAUAUAAGUAAAAUAUUUUUUAUUUAAUUAUUGAAAUUCGUAAUUUAAGGUAAGGUUUAAGGUAAGGUAAGUUCAAAAAAGAACUGAAUAGAAUAGGUAUCUUUUGUUGUUGAUAUUUGUUGAUUAUCUUUUGUUUUUAGUCUAUAUUUAUAUUUAUAUUUAUAAUUAGUAUAUUUAGUAUUAGCAUUGCACCCGUGUGAAGUGGGGGUGGGUCGCUAAAAUUAUAUAAGAAGAUAAGUAGUUUUACGUAACUGGUACACAGUACUCACAUUUAGGGGUUCAAUGUCUAAUAGGACUAGUGUAUUCACUUUAACUCAUAAAAACUGAAAUUAAAUUAUGUAAUGUGCAAAAACACAAUGUAGCUGUUAACAGUUUAUUGAAACUUUUUAAUAUAUAAAUUGUGCUCACACACACACACGCACGCAUGCGCACACACACAAAAUAUAAGGAGUGGGUUCUAAAUUAUCUCUAAAACCUAAAAAACAAAUUCAAUUGCAUACAAAAAAUAGUAAUUUUUUAUUAACUCUUGGAAAAAAAAUUAUUGGAGAUAGCAGGUAGGUAAACAUACAAAUUACAUUUUUCUUUCAUCUAUGCCUGAAUUUCAUUGCUCUUAUGCAUGUUUUCUCAUCUCCAAUUAUUUUUGCAUUAUUUUGGAAUGUACGUUUAACAGAGAUAAUGAUUGCAGUACUUAUGUAUUAGAAAUAACUUAAGUACACACCUGAAAUAAGAAAUAGAUGAACUGUGGAGUUUUGAACUUUGUUCAUAAUUAUGUACAUGUUAACAUAUUUUUCUUUAAGUAUUACUCAUACUGAAAUAAGCAAUCUGGGCCAAACCUUUAACAAUUUUAAACUGAUUUUGUUAAUAUUGACAAUAGGUAUCCUUCGCUGAGCUAUGACCAUUCACACAAAUAACUGAAUGCCACCUAUAUUCAACCUAACCAGAGCACCAUUUCAUUAUAAAUCCUGAUGAAGUAUCAAUGAUACAGAAAAAGUUCACAAAGAGUGAAAAUUGUAGUAAACUCACUAUGAGUCAUAAAUUUUAACCACACCUAGUAAACACACAGCAUACUAACUACAUUUCCAUAAAUUCAAAAUACAGAUUUUCAUUUAAAUAUAUAGGAGGAAAAAUAUAUUUCUACAUUAUACAACUUUUCUUAUAUAUCUACAUUAUAACUUCAACUACAAUAUUUUAAAUAUUACGUAUGGUACAUACUCUCUUACAAGAUAAAAAAUAAAAAAAUGCAACUAGCAAAACAUUAGUAUUUAACAUUUUAACUAUUUAGUACCAUUCUAUCAAAAUUCUUUCUGGUAAAAUACUGAAGUAACUUCUAAUAUAAGUUGACAAUCAGAGAGAUGAAAGACCAAUUAGAGUAACUAUUGAAUAUGUAUUAAAUAGUAAUCAGAUCAAACUGAUUUUUCAGCAUACCUAAUACUCAUAACUGUAUAACAUACAAAAUAACUAAAAUAAGUUUAAAUACAUACUUAAAAUGCACUUGAAUUUGUAACUAACAUUUUUAAGAACAUAUUUGAUUAAUUAUAAUGUAACAUUUUAGACAAUGCUGCUCAAUUACUUUCACUACAGAGAGUACUUUGUUUUUAUUCCAGCAUCACUUAUUCAUACACAGUUUUAUGACUGUAAAAAAUAUUUUUAAUAUUGCUAAAAAAAAAAAAAAUUACUCGUACAACUAAACUUUCAAAAUGUCUUGUCACAAUGCUGCAUGGUAAUGAAUAAGGGAGUAAAAUUAUUCAUUUUAUUUACCAUAGUACAUGAUUUUAUGCCACAUAUUUAACAUCAAAAAAAUUAAUUAUUGUAAAGUAACACAAAAAAUUAUAAUUCAUGUACCCAAGCAGCAAGGUCAAUUUUUAAAUGAAAGAUAAUCAUGAGGAUAUAUUGGAGUAUUCUAAGAGUAUGCUGGAAUAGUAGUCAGUCAGAUUAAAAAAUGCUUAACUAAAUUUUCACUAAGUUAUUAGAAACUAAGCAUAUCUACAAUUUGUUACAAUAUGCUGAUAUCACUUGUUUGCAUUCAAAAGUAUUCUAUCUGCAUUUAUUUUGAAGAAUUGUAAACCUCCAUAGGUAAUAUACUUUACAAGAUGCUACUAUUUUUAAAUAGAGAUUUAAUUAGAUUUGCAACUUGCAAAGGGAAAAUUUAAGUUAGUUAAUAUUUAUAUAUUUUAAUCUAAUAGUUAUGCAAGUUAGUGUGUUAACAGUAAUAUACAUAGAAUAUCAACAACCUUAAAAAUCUGAAAGGGUCUCACAGUUUGAACAAUUUUUAAGUUAAGUCGCAGUGAACUACAUACCCUGCGAAACAUGUUACAAAUUUUUGCAAUUAUGCAGUUAAAAAAGGAACAACUGGACAAACAAAAUAUGUUAUACUAAGGAACAGGACUAACAGGAAAUUAGCAUUUAAGUACCAACAGGUGUGCAUUGUGAUGCAAAAGUGAUAACAGAAACUCACUGUACUAUUCACACCCCUAUUUUAAUGCAAACAAUGUCUUGUGAAAUCUAGAGUAAGUUUAAAAAAAAUAUUAGGAUGUAUUAAAUUUCAUUUUCAAUAAAUACAGAUGCCAACUGUUCUUUAUCCAACAAUAAUGAUACCCAAACACCUUUCGGAAUUAAUGGUUUACGGCUCUUAUCUCAACAUACAAGCAAAACACUAGCUGUGACUACCGAGGCCACAAUGAACAUGUCAUCCACUAAGUCACAAUUGCAGCACCAUACCAUUGAUGUUUUCUUUUGAAUGCAUACAUCACACUUACACUUACACCAAAAAGGCACUUCGUAAUGCAUGUUCAUGAUACAGUUACAUUAACUUAAGUGAACCAGAUAGAUGUUACAGAUUACUGCUAUCAUUUUUCUUUUUAUUUCCCUAAUUUCAUCUAGUCACUUUCACUUCAGUCUACGUGUACAUGUAUUGUUAGACAUGCAAAAAUGUCUGAGCAGCCCGCAACAGUAUCAGAUGGUAAGUUGAACCCUAAAGUCAUUCUUAAAUUACUUACUUCUGUUCUUGUUAACUUCAAAAAUUGUUAUACAAUCUUUUCAGUCAAGAAAUGCAAAAUUUAACAGCUAUGCUAACAUAAAAUAAUUAAAUUAUUUUUCAUAAAAGUAAUAAAAUAGUUUUUGAAAGUCUAACUUAACCAAUUAAUUGACAGAACUAUAAACCUUAAGUAUGACUUGAAUAUUAAAACUUGGUACACAGAGACAUUUUGUCUUUAAAUGCAAAUGACCAGUGCAUCUUGACCAGGGUUGUCAUAUUGGCAAACUACAUGCUGGGAGAAGCAGUAGUUAUGCUGCUUUGAGUUUUCAUGUAUCUAUUUACAUGCUACUUUGAACAAAAUUUACUACCAAAAAUAGCAGGACUGUUAUUGCAUUUCACAUACCCUAAAUGCUCAACAACUGCACCUUAUGGUGUUCAUUUUCACCAAUUAAAAAAUAUAAUGUAAAACUCUGUCACUACACUCUCACAAUUCUGCCAGUAUUUGUAAGAAAACAAGUUCAGAAAUAAUUGGAGAUUCUGUAGGUUUAUAAUUACAAAAAUCUCCCUAUAUUAUAAUGCACAAUAUUAAAAUAAUUACUAUUAAAAAAGACAUUAUGCAAAAGAACAAAUUAAACAACAAUUUUAUUGAAUGCUCAAACAUUUCUCAGUUAGUAAUAUUAAUGACUUGAAUAAAAAUAUUGCAGCUAACUUUACAAAUAGAUAAGUAUUUUAUAAAUAAGUUUCAAUACAUGAUACACUUGCAAGUCCUUAGUUGGUCAAUUUUUUUCAUAAAUGUAAAAUCUAUGAAUAGGUCUCUAUCUUUUAAAUGGUUUGUUGUUAUCAGAAGCAGUAUUGUAUUUGACAAAACAUAACACUGAAAUGUGACUAAAAGGACAGUUUUGUAACCCUAAAAGAUUUGUUUGGGAAAAAAAAUAUAUAAUUUAUUUACAAGUUAUUUUAAGUGAACUUCCGAAAUGCAUUUGUCAGUUUAAAUGUUUCACUGUGUUUUCCACAUUUUCAUAACAAAAUUAAGGUAUAAAUAAUGAACAAAGAGAUUUAUCACACAGACACAAAUUUAAUAGUCUUGCAUAUAAAUGCCCUAGGUUGGAAGAGUGCUCUUACAGAUAAACUAUGUAUGAUGCUUAUGUUAGCUAAUUGUAUGUAACUUUCAAACAGCAGUUGUUAUUUUCAUAAUUUCAAUACUUCAAAAAAGUAAAAACUGAAACCCCUUGGUUUCAUACUGGUUUUAAAAUUUAAUUAUGUUUAGUUCAUCAUUUAUUUACUAUAAUUGGCGAACAUCCUACAAGGAAAUGACUAUUAAGUUGGCAAAACCUAAAAUGGUCUAAAAGUUCUGAGAACACUCAGGUUUAGUAUAAUUUAUAUUUAGUAUGUUGCAAGUAUUUUUAGAGUAUUUUAUUAUUUUAAUUUUUAUCUAUAUAUUUUUAUUUUAGUAUGGCUACCUUAGUAAUAGGUACGUAAAUAUAAACAUGUGCUAGAACUAUUUUCUUGCGAGUGUGUUGACCGGAAGAUGGUCACAUGUUCUUCCAUGCGAAGGUGGCGGAUGUGGGGAGACAGCAUUGGGCUGACGCUGGAGACGUGAAAGCCGCUACCUGCGUUCCACAAGAAUACUUUAAACUGGUUUGCGUGAAUGUACCAUAUUUUUGAUAAUCUCGCACAUAUUACAAAAGAACUGUGUAACUAUGUUUGUAGACAACUACUGCAAAUAGUAGUUGCUAGUUUUCAAUAUCUACGAGUGCAUGGAAUUGUGCUCUAUAAUACUAGGUGCUGUUGGUCAUCGGGCAUGCCCUGUGCUGCUGUAGUGUGCUAUGCUUUUGGCACACCUGAAGGAAGAUACGUCACUACAAGCUAUGGACUUGUAAGUGUUGGCCUGCCCCUGGGAAAACAGUAUUUUUCCAAGGAUAGAAUAUUACCACGUUAACGCAGAGCCGCUUGAUGUGUUCAAGCAUGUAAAUGAGAGAGGACCACUGUGUUGGUCUUGGAUUCACGAGUGUUAAUAAGGUUUAAACUCCCCGGAAUUUAACUCUUUAGUGUAUCUAUCAAAAAAUUGCCACUGCUGCUUACCGGACCUUUAAUAUAUUUUUUGUUGGUAUAAAAAACUUAUGAACACGCAAAGAGUUGGAGUAACUUUGGUGAGACAAUUAAUAAGGUUGAGCCUGGGAUUUAAUGUUUAAUGUUUGUAAAAGGUAGCCGUAAUUUUUAUGAGGUUUAUAUAUUUGUUAUUUCCUUUUUACAUAAUUUUUGGGUAUUUUAUAUGUUGCAUUUUUAUACAUAGUUAUUGGGUUAAGUUCUGAAUAGUGUUUUUUACAAAACAACUCAAUGUCAUGAAUACAUGCAUCUAUAUGAUUUUUACAGUUAAUCAUUGAAAAGAUAACUUGUAAUUUUUUUUAUGCUACCAUCUAUCCGUACUCUAUUUCUCUACAUAAAUAUUUUCAAAUUUAAUUACUGUUGGGUAUUAUUUUACUGGCACCCUUUAGGAUGCGAGGAUAUAGUUCUCUGAUUACUGCAGCACUUAAAAAUUUUGUUCAUGUAUGCGCAGCUUUUAUUUAACUGCAAGGUGCUGGACCCAGAGCAAGGGCCCUAGUAACAAAACUUGGUUUUUAAAUUUGACUACUAUCCAAUAGCUCUUUUUAUUUUAAUAACAAUGAAUAAAGCACACCCAUAUAGAUAGGUCUGGCAACUUCCUAUCUUUCACCCUGGCAUGACAGUCCGCUUCGCUUAGUGAAGUUUGUGGCAAGACUGCGAACUGAUGGCGCUAGUAGUCGACACACCCAGUUUUAGCAUUGUGUUAAAUGGGUGUUUCGUAUAUAAUUGAAUACUACUUGUAAAUUUGUCUCGUUUUUUGAACAUUGCUGUAAGAUUAUGAUUUUCAUUUAUUUUUGUGCUUUGUGUGUAACACCUUCCAAUAACUUGUAAUUUUACCGCAUGUGUCAAAGUGGUGAGAAUGUGAAAACAAAAACACAUUUCUCCCAUAAGAAAACGUGUAAUAACUGUGAAAUGCCUAUUUAAAUCAUGCAGACAUCUUUAUAGCCAUGUAAUAAUUGCCAUUUUUUAAAAAGUAAAAACAAUUAUAAUAAUUUUAUAUGCCAUAAAUAAAAAUGUGCCUGUGUGUUUCUUAUAUUUUACCUAAAGAAAAAAAAUAUGCAAUAUUCAAAUUUAAUUAUAAUUUUGUUUUUGCAUUUUCUUUACAUUUUUAAAUUUUCUUUACUUGCCAAAUACAUAAUGCGCCAUUCUUUUUGUAUUAUUUAGCCCAAGAAUAGAUGUAAAAAAAAAUUUUAAUUUUUUAAGUACAAAAUAGUUAUCAGACAAAAAAUUAUAAUAUUAUAAAAUUAGUGAUUGUUUAGUUAAUAUUAAAAUAAGUAUUCCAUGUGUCAUACUUAUUAAACUGUUAAUUAUUUUAAUAUCUUGCAUUUAAUAUUAAAAAAAUAUUAGUACCAUGUUUCAUCGCAUAAUCUUCGCACAUUUUAUACUAAAAUCAAGUUUGAAAAGUAGGGGUACAAUUUUUAUGAGAAAAAAAUUUUUUUUUUGUUAGGUAAAGUUAUUCAUAAAAAAAAAAAAAAACCAUUCAUGGAAAGUAUGUUUAUUUAAAAAGUAGAGCACACAAAAGCACGCCAAAUAAUUUAAAUUAAUAAGUCUAGCAACAAAAACCUUCAACUUUCUUCAAAUUUAAAUAGAAAAACAAAAUCUGUGACCGGAACUAACGCAUAACUAUCGUCGUAGUACACACUUACCAUGAAAGAGUGAGGGACUCAGCACUCAACAGAGAGCGCACGUUGCAUGCAAUUGGCAAGAUAUCAAUAUCGAUAUUCGACUACGUGUGCGCGCUCUAAACGAGAAGCAACAUAACCAAACAUGAAUGAUGCCAACUAGCGUUGGCUACAUUUUUAUAAGCGGUACACCGCGGCGAUGCAGACAAACAGAUAAAGGUUAUAACCUUUUAAAAUAAAAUUUAUACAUCAGAAAACUUAGUCUUUCCGUUAAUUAAAUAAGUAAGUGGUAAUGUCCGAAUAAAUAUUAGAUUUCAACUUUAAAAUACAUUGUUUUAUAUAGAUAAAAUACCUACACAAAGCGCUCGAAAUAUAAUAGCAGAACCAAAAACAUCAUGCAACGUUUAUGCGAGAGGUUUUUUUUAAUCCAAAUUUUGACGCUCUAAAAUAUUGGUGCGACAAUUAUGCAAUAAAGCACAGUAUUUUUCCUUUUCCUAAUAUCAUUGUAAAUUUAAAGUGGUACAUAAUUUAAUUAAUAACCAUAGUUUACCACUGCUAAUUCUUACAAAUGUUAAUUCAGAAUUCAGACAUGACAAUGUCAGACAUUAUAUACAAGUGAGUGUUCUUUGUGCCAUUUCUCCAAACACUUGUUAUCUGUCUAACAGGACAUUCCCAAAUUUAUUUGGUUCAAAUAUGCACCUUCUCGUGACUUUUUUUCGAUAAAAAAAUUGUGUUGAUCUUACAUUUACUGAAUAUAUUUGAAUCUAUGACCCACCCAUUUAUUGAGUUGUUGACUUCCUAAACUUGCAGGUAAACUCAUCAAUAUUUGUAAUAAUUAUAAUUAGAGAAAUUUUUUUAUAAUUAUGACUAUAAUUCAGGAAGUGGCACACGAGAAGUACAGAAAGUUAUUCAACUGACACUUGAAGAUAAAAUGAUCACAGGUGCACCUCUGUCAAAGACCAACCUCCCUAUUUAAGGUUGAAGCGGCCAAAUAAACGCAAAGAAGACAAGUACAGCCUGUGCACAAAACCUAAAUGUGUUAUAAUAGAAGUGCAUCAUUAAUUUAUAGGUAAAGGUGUUUAUUUACAGUAACUUUAGGAUCCAAACAGAAAUGCAUAUUACAAUCGAUGGAGUCUUAGAUUCAAGUAAAUAAAGGUUCCUAACUGGUAUCUACCUAUUAUGAUAUAAAAAUACAGUCACUAAUAAUUCUAAAUGCAUCACAUAUGUGGAGGAAACAAUUUGGCAAACUAGUUCUUGACAAAUAUUAUUUUAACCUGUUUUCCAGUAAAAGUUGUAUUACAAAAUCAAGUAUAUAAAAGUACUAAGUUUCUGUGUACAGUAGAACCCCGAUUUUGCGAAGACGGAUUUAACGAAAACAGAGAUUUAACGUAAAGGUUUUCAGGAACCAUCAAAAAACACCAAUUUAUUAAAAUAAUAAUAUAGAUUUCCAAAAAAUGAAAAUAAA